AUGGAGGUUCUUAAGGACUAUGAUGUCACUAUCCAGUACCAUUCAUGCAAGGCUAAUGUGGUAGCAAAUAGAUUGAACUGUAAGUUGGUGAGCAUGGGCAGUUUAGCUUGUUUGGGGACACUUAAGCGGCCCCUGGCUAGAGAAAUUCAGGCCUUGGAGGGUAGAUUUAUGAGGCUAGGCAUCUCAGAGAAAGGUGGGAUAAUGGCCGGAGUUGAUCUAAGGCCUACUUUCAUAGAAGAGAUCAAGAUCAACCAGUUUGAGGAUGUAUACUUAAAUGAAAUUAGAGGGAAAGUGUUGAUAGCGAAGGCUCCAAACUCAACACUAGAUUUAGGUGGGGUGCUUCAUUUUAGGGGAAUGAUUUGUGUUCUCUGGAUAGAUGGACUAAUUCAAAAGAUCCUGUUUGAAUCUCAUGGUUUGUUGCAAAUAAUUCCCAUUCCUGAAUGGAAAUGGGAGAGAAUAUCCAUGGAUUUCAUGGUGGGACUUCCUAAGACUUUGGGAAAGCAUGAAUCUAUUUGGGUGGUCGUUGAUAGGUUAACAAAUAUUGAUAUGGCACUAUUCGAAGACCUGUAUGAGAGGGGAUGCAGGUCUCCUUUAGGGUGGUUUGAAGCUGGGGAAGUGGAGCCAUUGGGGGUUGACUUAGUAAGGAUUGCUCAAGAUAAGGUAAGAAACAUACAAGCUAAGCUUCUAGCAAGUGAAAGUCUUCAGAAGGAGUAUGCUAAUUGCAAGGUGAUGGAUAUAACAUUAGAGGCUGGUGAGAAAGCACUUCUAAAAGUAUCACCUAUUAAAGGGGUGAUGAGGUUUGGAAAAAAGGGAAAACUCAAUCCUUGCUAUAUUGGUUCUUCAGACAUUCUUGAUUGUGUAGUGCUAGUAGCGUACAGGUUGGUCUUACCACCUAGAUUGUUUGGGAUACACCCGAUGUUUCAUGUUGCUAUAUUGAAAAAGACCAUGGGAUGGGGACUACAUCAUUAA